AUGAAUUUCGACAUGAAGUACUACAUGUUGCGUGCAUGCCUAUCGAAACGUCUCAAUCAAAAGGCUCAACCAGAUGUUCCUCCCGCGCAACCCGUCACACACACCAGUCACAUUCGAUUUCCAGAAAUCAAUCUUCCCCGCUUCAGUGGAAGACUCGCCGAUGGGUGCGUUUUUCGUGACGCAUUUGAUUCUGCAAUUGGAAGUCGUGUCGAAAUCAGUAAUGUCGAAAAGUUUCAAUAUCUCAAGGGGCUAGUUGCUGCCAAGAUCAUUGAGCCUAUUUCAAUUAGCGAGGACGGAUACCGCGACGCCUGGAGAGCGCUGAAACUACGUUAUGAAAACAAGCGGCAGCUCAUACGGUGCCACAUCAAGUCGUUGUUUGAGGUACCCAGUAUUAAGAAGGAAUCGGCUGACGAGCUACUCAACUUGGUGGACAGGUUUGAGCAGCAGAUUUCUGUCCUGAGGCGACUUGGAGAAGACACCAGUUCCUGGGAUUCGCUUUUGGUCUACCAGCUGUCUACUCGUUUGGAUCCGCACACGCUGAAAGAGUGGGAGAGCUACUGUGCCCGGCUGGACAGUGGCAAUGUUGCCAAUGUUCUUGGUGGUGCGGCAGGUGACGAUUCAGACGAUGAUGAUAUGCCUACGUAUAUGUCAAUGGUAAACUACCUGCAGAACUAUGCCAGAGUUUUGCAGUGUGUUAGUCCGUCUCCUGGUUCCAGUCGUGACCCUAGGGUGAAGCCAGUGAAGUCCGCCGCUCAUUUCAGUUCCUCGUCCUCCUCGCAAGGUGUACAAUCUGCUAGGAAGUGUGAAAAAUGCACCCAAAGCCAUUUCCUAUACCAUUGCCCUGAUUUCCAGAAGCUAUCUGAACAGCAACGGUUUGAAUUCGUCAAGGUCAAGAAGUUGUGUGCUAAUUGUCUCCGCAGUACGGAUCACUUAGCCAAGUCCUGUCAAAGCAAAACAUGCAACCGCUGUCAUAAGAAACACCACACUCUCCUCCAUGGGGCACAAUUCGUGCUACAGCCCUCGUCUGGUCCUCAAGAAAGCGCGUCUGUCUCUCUUGUUGCACAACCCUCUGCUCCGUCCCUUGCUCAACCGACUCCGCCUCCUGUAGUGAAUGUUCCUGCGUCAUCGUCGCAGAAUCUGUCCCAACCUCCAAGGUUGUCCCCGGUUGUCGGUUCGCAUCCUCCACAACGUUCUACAGUGCCAACAGUUCCUGGAAACCUGCACUUUGCCAUGAUGGCAUACGACAAGGAGAAUGUACACUCGUUGCACAAUUAUGGGUCACUCAAGGAACAAUCAUUCUAUAUUAUGCUACCAGGAUCAACAAUCAAUAUCUGGGAAUGGCAUAUUCCUGAAACACUGCGUCUUGCUGAUCCAACGUUCCACGUGUCGAAUGAAAUUGACAUAAUCUUGGGAGCUCAAUUCUUCUUCGACACUCUUCGCUACGGUCGUAUCCAGCUUGGUGAGCAGUUGCCGGUUUUGAAGAAUUCUGUACUCGGUUGGGUGGUGUCAGGACCGUGCACCAUUCGCGAUCACGACCAUGCUGAUCCUCGUACCUGUUUGAUAAGUAGCGCCGUCCACGUGGAAGAAUUGCUUCGAAAGUUUUGGGAGUUGGAAACCGUUCAUGACACCAAAGGUUGGUCAGCAUCUGACAAGUUUUGCGAGGAACAUUUCCUGGCCAAAACUACCCGGACCCCCGAAGGUCGAUACGUCGUUGGAUUGUCAAAACGCGAAGAACUCGUCCCACAAUUGGAUGACAACGUGUACCAGGCCCCACGACGCUUCUAUUCCCUGGAGCGUUCCCUCAUGACCGACCCGCAGAAAAGGGAUCUGUAUCAAGAUUUCAUCGCCCAGUACAUUGCACUGGGGCAUAUGCGCGAAGUGUCAGAAGAGGAACUGAACGUCCAACCGCAGUUUGUUCUCCCACAUCAUGGAGUUCUGAAGCCGGAGAGCAUCACCACCAAACUCAGAACUGUGUUUGAUGCAUCCUGCAAAUCACGCUCUGGCUUGUCUCUAAACGACGUCCUUGUUCCUGGUCCCACGAUCCAGCAAAUGCUAGUGGAAAUUGUUCUGCGGUUCCGAUUGUACCGUUUCGUGGUGACCGCCGAUAUCGAAAAGAUGUAUAGGCAGAUUCUGGUUCAUUCGUCCGAUCAAGCGUUACAACGAAUAUUGUGGCGUGAUGAUCCUGAGCUCCAUUUGAAGGUGUACCAGUUACUCACCAUCACGUACGGUUUGAACAACUCGCCCUUCCUAGCAAUGCGCGUUCUUCAACAGAUGGCUACGGACGAAGAAUGCCGAUUUCCGCUUGCGGCUAGAAUAGCUCUGCAAGAUUUCUAUGUGGACAACCUCCUUACUGGUUUCAACGACGCGGAGCACUUGAAGGUUAUCGUGCGAGAAAUGAUUGGACUCCUGGACGCCGGAGGUUUCCCUCUUCGGCAGUGGUCGUCUAACUGCCAAGACGUGUUGGAUAUUGUACCACAGAAUCUUCGAGAAACACGUACACUGCUAGAACUAGAUCGAGACACAUCCGUUAACGCGCUUGGUCUACGUUGGGAGCCUGCCACUGAUCAACUUUCGUUCAAACUACCGAAUUGGAAGGAGAAUCGGCAAAUCACCAAGAGAACCGUGCUGUCGCAGAUGAGCAGCCUAUUUGAUCCCCUCGGGCUGCUAGGUCCUACAAUCGUCCGCGCUAAAAUUAUAAUGCAAGCCCUCUGGAAACGCCAAUUGGAAUGGGAUACUCCACUUCCGGUGCAGUUUGAAAAGGAAUGGAUUUCGUAUCAGCGAGAUCUGGAUCAUCUAGAAGGUUUUCGUAUUCCGCGGUUGGUCAUGCUCUCACCGCAUCAAACGUUGGAAAUCCAUGGCUUCAGCGACGCAUCCCUGCAGGCAUACGGAGCAUGUGCGUAUAUAAGGUCGAUCAUGUUGAAUGGCCAAUGCUAUACCCAACUGCUAACGGCUAAGUCGCGCGUAGCUCCGCUCAGCAGCAAGUCAAUACCAAGACUGGAGCUCCCCGCUGCGCUGCUGUUGUCACAUCUUCUGGCUCAGAUCCAGAAAAGCACUUCGCUCGUGGCUCCAGUAUACCUAUGGACAGAUUCAACCAUAACACUGGAUUGGAUCUCAGCUCCGCCUUCAACCUGGAAGACCUUCUGCAAUCGAGUUGCAGAAAUUCAGGAGUUGACCGCUGCCGCAUCUUGGAACCAUGUGCCUUCCGAGGACAAUCCCGCUGACCUGCUGUCCAGGGGAACCAGCCUAGAGAACCUUGUCGAAAGCAGUCUAUGGUGGAACGGACCCAUCUGGAUCAGAUCAUCGAGUGAACCAUGGCCGAAGAAAUACGUUUCGCGAAAGCAGAACCCCGAAGAUCCAGAACUACGGAAAGUUGUUGCCCUGCCUGUAUUCACAGAACCAGAGGACAUUAUCGAUCGUGGUGGCUCCGGUUCGUCGAGAACACUCGUUUGCCGAAAAGUGAUCGCGUAA